AAAAGAAUAUUUAUUUAUGUUUCGCAGUGUGUGUAACUCAGGACUUCUGCCCAGAAGGAUUUUUCCAAUAUGGACCUUCGUGCUAUUUCUUUGCCUCUCAUAUAGCCGCAGACUGGAUUGAGGCGGGGUCAUUUUGUAGGAGAUUUCAGGGAGGAGAUCUCGUUGCUAUAGAAACACAAUCUGAAAACAAUUUUAUAUACCAGGAGUUACUUAUGAUGCAUGAAAACAAGACCCAUUUAGAGGAUUUCUGGAUCGGAGGGACAGAUGAAUUUGUGGAGGGGCACUGGAUAUGGAUACCGACGAUGCAGAAACUGGGUUUCUCUGACUGGUCUCCCGGUAACCCAAGUGACAGUUUGUCUAAUGAGGACUGUAUGGAGAUUAUUGUUGGUCACACUGCUCAAUCAACGCAUUGGAAUGAUGACGACUGCUCUAAGAAAGCUAACUUUAUUUGUGAAGUGCCGAUGGCGGAAGGAGGGUCUCCAGUCAUAGGUUGAUGUGAACAUCUUCAUGUGAAUCAUAAUGAUAAAAUAAAGCAAAUGUGUAUAC